CUAGAUCAGAAGCAAAUCUUUCGCCAUACAGCGAAUUUAAAACAUUGUCGCCUACUGUAGAUUAAUCAUUAAUCGAUACGAUAGUAAGUAGCCUAUAUAUAGCGACUGUUUCAGUUUAAACUCAAAUUCAACACGCUUUUGAUUGUAGCACUUGUUCAACCGACCAACAGAAGAUGAAUCCCAGCGGCAACAGGUCCAGUGGGAAAACAUUCCUUUUUACAUCGGAGUCAGUUGGAGAGGGACAUUCUGACAAAAUGUGUGACCAAAUAAGUGAUGCUGUCCUUGAUGCAUACCUAACUCUGGACCCUGACUCCAAAGUGGCCUGUGAAACUGUUACGAAGACGGGUAUGAUCAUGCUGUGUGGAGAGGUCACCUCCAAGGCUGUAGUGGACCUCGUGGAUGUGGUCAGGAAAACCGUUAAGAAGAUUGGUUAUGAUCACUCCUCCAAAGUGCAUGCAUUCAAAAAUCUUUGGACAACGGACUUCCACAGGGCCGCCAUCUACAAAGUUCACUCAAAAAGGUUUGACUAUAAGACGUGUAAUGUGCUGGUGGCCCUGGAGCCCCAGGCAGAGGAGAUAUCAGUAUGUGUGUUUGAAGGCAAGGAUCAGGAUGACAUCGGAGCCGGAGAUCAGGGCCUGAUGUUUGGCUACGCUACAGAUGAGACAGAGGAGUGUAUGCCUCUCACCAUCCUACUGGCUCACAAACUCAACCACAAGAUGAAGGAGCUGUCUACCAACGGGGAGUGUCCCUGGAUCAGACCGGACUCUAAAACUCAGGUGACAGUGGAGUACCGUGAUAACAGUGGGGCCAUGGAGCCGGUACGUGUCCAUACAGUGGUCAUCUCUGUGCAGCACAGCCCUGAUGUCAGUCUGGAGGAGAUACGCUGUAGCCUGAUGGACAGCGUGGUCCGGAAGGUCAUUCCUGCCCGUUACCUAGACGACAAGACCAUCUACCACCUGCUGCCCAGUGGGAAGUUCCUCCUGGGUGGACCUCAGAGUGAUGCGGGACUGACAGGCCGUAAGAUCAUAGUGGACACCUAUGGAGGGUGGGGAGGGCAUGGUGGAGGGGCCUUCUCUGGAAAGGACUACUCUAAAGUGGACCGCUCUGGGGCCUACGCAGCCCGCUGGGUGGCCAAGUCUCUGGUGAAAGCCAAGCUCUGCCGGAGAGCCCUUGUUCAGGUUUCGUAUGCCAUCGGUGUGGCUCACCCUCUGUCCAUCUCUGUGUUCCACUAUGGAACGUCCACCAGGGAGGAGGAUGAACUGCUGCAGAUCGUCAACAACAACUUUGACCUCAGGCCUGGGGUCAUUGUCAAAGAGCUGGGUCUGAAGCAGCCUAUCUACCAGUCCACUGCCUGCUAUGGACACUUCGGCCGGGACGAGUUCCCCUGGGAGAAGCCCAAGACACUGCAGUUCUGAUUGAAACACCCUCUCCUCUUAUCAGCUGGCUUAUUUUUGUAAAUCUGACUGAAAAAUAAUACUAUCAGACAGAAAGUGUAAAUCCUUUCUCAAACAUUUUAUAAUCAUAAUUGAAAAUGUAAUUGUCAACUGUGAAUCAUGGGCCAAAUUCUCCAACUGUCUUAAUCUUUUAUCCUACUGAAAAUAUAUAUUGACGUUUCAGCUACACUGUGUGACACUUGGUUGUGUAAUAUAUGUUCGGUUUGUGAUGGCCUCCAGAAAAGUGAAAGGCGCAAUAUUCACCAUUACCGCUAGUGGGAAGUAGUAACCUGUUGAUUAUGCAACAGCAUCAGGGGGGGAGAGAAAAAAGUAUCAAAUCAAAGUUUAUUGGUCGCGUCACAGAUUUCCAUUAUAUUGACCAGAUACUCAAGUGGCCGCUCUUACAAUGAAAAUAAAUGUCUUAAAAAAUGGAAGGCAGUCGAGUCGGGAGCAGGCAAGAUCAGAUGUGACCAUUCUAGCCAAUGAGAUGGGAGAUAUGUAUGUGAAGAACAGGCACAACUCAGAUAUAAAGUGUUUUUUCUCAAAGUUGUUGGGAUGUCACGUGUCCUACACUUGUAACAACCUUAGUAUUAUGAAACUUCUAUUUGAUCAAAUAAACCCAAUAUAUCAAUG